CUGCCAUCUCCUUUCAACAGCAUUGCUCAGCAGUCGGAAUUUGCUGGAGACACUGGCGCCACUGGCACUGGCACCAACGUACUUGGCGCCAGAAGGAAGCUCUUUGGUCUUCAGCUUUCAGGGGAUACUUGUGGAGAGCAACCUUCCACAUAGCGCAAUGGCGUGCCGCAGGGCUACACAUGCUGGGAGCUGGUACACGGAUGAUCCGGACGAACUGUCUGCGGAGUUGGACGCUUGGCUUGAGGAGGCGGCAGCAAAGGUUCCACGGAGCAAUCCAGAACAUGCCAGAGCCAUCAUAGCACCGCACGCUGGGUACCGCUACUCAGGAAGGUGUGCAGCAUAUGCCUUCUCACAGAUUGACCCGACCAAAGUGAAGCGAAUCUUCCUCCUCGGCCCCUCGCAUCACUACUACACACGGCGGUGCGCCCUGUCCAAUCUUGCUGCGUACAGGACACCGUUAGGCGACAUCACCAUUGAUGCCACAAUCUAUGCGGAGCUGCGGGCCACUGGCGAGUUUGAGGAGAUGACGUCACAGGUGGACGAAGCGGAGCACAGCAUGGAGAUGCACCUGCCGUACAUCUAUAAAGUGUUUGCGGGGCGACCGUUCACGUUGGUCCCCAUUCUAGUUGGCUCCAUCUCUGCGGACACGGAAGAGCGAUACGGGCGGCUGCUGUCGAGAUACUUUGACGACCCGCAAAACUUCUUUUGCAUCUCGUCGGACUUUUGCCACUGGGGGCAGAGGUUUAGCUACACGUACUACGAUAAGAAGCUGGGUCCGAUUUACAAGUCGAUCGAGGCCCUCGACCGGGACGGGAUGGACGUCAUCGAAACGGGCGACCCCGCGAGCUUCACCGCCUACUUGCAACAGUACGAGAACACCAUCUGCGGUCGCCACCCGAUCGGCGUGCUGCUCCAUGCACUACAGCACAGUCGAACGAAGAUGCAGAUCCGCUUCACACAGUACGAGCAGUCAAGCCGGUGCAAAACCAUGCGAGACAGCAGUGUAAGCUAUGCCUCCGCGGUAGCCGUUCCGUCAAACUUGGGCAAGCCGACUGCAUGAUUAUAUACAAAUUAUGUGGAAUCUCUAGGAUGACGCAGCUAGAUCGCAAAGUGUACAUACAGGUCUACUCUUGAGAUCAAAUAGGGGUUCUGGGAAGCCGAUUGGGAACGGGACUGCUGCAAAAGCGUACCCUGAUGGGGACAGCGCGUUGCAACUUGCACAAACAGAAAAGGAGUUGCUUUGUAAUUUGGUCAAAGUCUGCUGACAAUCAUGUAAUCUACGUUCCAGUUUGUUAGACAGCUCUUCGCCCGUAUAGAACAGAAAUCUGACCCGUUUCUUGGGCUGACAAGUCAACGCGUAUAACAGUUGCUCACGCUGCCAAGAAUGAUACCCCGCAAGAUUGGCGUAUACUUUGGAAGGUUGUUGGAAGGUCAAAGUAUUACAGGUCGAAGAUCGGCUCGAGUCGCGUAUGGUAAAAAGUCUCGUUCACA